AUGACGCGCUGGUGGAGUAUGACGUCUCGUGCCUUACGUAUGGGCUCUAUGGGUAGUCUACUACCUCUAUUAACAGUAUCAGGUGCUUGCUCUUUUGCUGAUCGUCAUGACGCCCUCACAGCGCCACCGGAAACCUCCAAGGCAUCGUCUUCUGACUGUGUCUCGACCACUGCAUUACUGAUCUUUCGAGGCAUUGGAGCGGGUUUAGCCUGGACAAUCAGUGUAGACGGGUAUGAGCUAGCCAGUAUGACAGAUGAUCAGUGGAAAAAACGUAUGGCAUCAUGUCGAGGCUCUAGUAUUGCGCGUGAAGCAGCAAGGUCGCUUGUACGCCUUAGUAUACGCAACAUGCUGGGCUUUGCCAGUUUCCUGGGUAUUUUUGGCGGCAUGAGCUGUGCAUUGGAAAAAAUGCGAGGCAAGAACGAUUUGCUGAACCCGUUUGUUGGUGGAUUUACAGCUGGUAUGGCCAUUUUACCGGGUGAGCUGCGUAAUCCGCGUACGCUCGUGAUGGCAGCGUUUCUUUGUGGUUCCGGAUCGAUGGCGCUACACCACUUUAUACCGACUGGACACAACAAGAAUGACAGUUUUCAAGUAAAUGUGCAAUAG